CUUGUCCGCUUCGUCAAUUGGGUUUUCUCGACCUUGUACCCUUGUGACUCAGGAGGUGCAUAUACACUCAUCAUGGGCAACGAGAAUGAUCUCAAGCACGAUAUCGAGCUUUCGGGUCAUGACUUUGACCUCGGGCAGAUGCUCGCGGUGCAGUCGACACCUGAAGAAGAGCGAAAAGUGUUGCGGAAGCUUGACUUUGUGUUGAUUCCCAUGAUGGGAGUUGCGUACUUCCUCCAAUUCCUCGACAAAUUGGCUCUUAGCCAAGCGACUCUUUUCAAUUUACGCGAGGACCUGAACAUGCAUGGCAAUCAAUACUCUUGGACCUCGGCGAUAUUUUACUUUGGGUAUCUAUUCUGGAGUUUCCCAAGUUCCUAUGUGAUCGUCCGCCUUCCUAUUGGAAAGUAUCUUUCCGUCUCGGUAUUUAUUUGGGGCGGUAUUUUAAUGUGUCAUGCGGCCUGUUCCAGUUUUACUGGACUCAUGAUAGCUCGGUUUUUCCUCGGAGUCGGUGAGGCCGCUAUUGCGCCUGGAUUUACUUUGAUUACCGGAAUGUUCUACAAACGAGAGGAGCAACCUGUUCGACAAUCGGCGUGGUUCUUUGGUAACUGUAUUGCCGUACUAUUCGGUGGGUUAAUUGCGUACGCCAUCGGUCAUAUCCACUCAACGGCCUUGGAGAGCUGGAAGCUGUUAUUUUUGAUCCUGGGUGCUAUUACCUCGUCCUAUGGGCUGGUUCUGUUCUUUUUCUUGCCCGACUCGCCUGUCAAGGCGGUCUUCUUGAAAGAAAAUGAGCGUGCCAUUGCUGUUCAAAGGACGCUCAAAAAUAAGACUGGAGUUCUGGAUAACGGCAAGUUCAAGUGGUCACAGGCCCAGGAUGCUUUGACUGAUCCGCAAACGUGGUUCCUCGUCUUGAACUCACUUUCGUCAAAUUUGUGCAAUGGCGGAAUUACCACCUUCUCGGCUAUCAUCACGGCAGGAUUUGGUUUCAGUGACUUCAAGUCCCUUCUUCUGCAGAUGCCACAAGGCGGUGCAGAAAUCGUCUUCCUGAGUAUAACCUGUUUGGCCACCACAUUUAUCCCAAAGUCACGCAUUAUCGCGAUGAUUCUCAACACAAUGGUCUCCGUUGUUGGCCUGGUUCUCAUCUGGAAAUUGGACCCUAAUAACCAAGCUGGUCGAAUGGUUGGCCUCACUCUGGCUGUUGUUUACGCCAUUAACCUGCCCAUCUCCUUGAGCGUGAUCACUUCAAAUGUCGCUGGCUUUUCUAAGAAGAGCGUUGUCAGCGCCUUGGUGUUUAUUUCAUACUGUGUUGGAAACAUGAUCGGGCCACAAUUCUUCCUUGCCUCGGAAGAGCCAUCGUACCCGACUGGAAUGAAAGCAGCCAUGUCAGGUUUAGUAUUGAGUAUUGGCUUUUUGAUUUGCCUGUAUUGUUACUAUGCAUAUGAGAACCGCCGACGCGACCGUCUAUAUGGGGCGGCGGAAACAAUCACUGUGGGCGCGGAGCUGCAGGAUGAGCUGUCUAACAAGACCGACCGAGAGAUUGAAAGUUUCCGAUAUAUUCUUUAA